GCCAAGUUCUCGACGCUUCGACCUCCUCUGAGUCCGAAAUGGCCUGGCACUUUGCGUCCCUUCUUCUAUCCCUCGGUCAUCCAGCACAUCCCGCCGACCUCGCUUCUCGAUGCACAUUAUUUACUGCUUCUCCUGAACUAGUUGAGUUCCUCUGCUUGAUCCCUGAAUCUCCCAUCUUGCUGACCUCCAAUUUCUAUGUCACUCUCUCUGCUGUUGCUAUAGUCGCUGUUGGACACUUCGUCUCGGUAGCCGACUUUUUUGGUAGUUCUUUUAUACCUAGAUUUGGAAUCAGAGUUUCCUCGACGGACGGCUGGGGAAACAGCUGUAGAAAACGGAAACGAAGGCUUAUUUUAGAUUCCGAUUUCCUUCCCGUGGCAAAAAGAGGGAUAAGUUAUUAUUCUGAACAUGUAGAUGAGUUGGAUCCAAUGAAAUUGCUUCCUCCGAAGAGAAUCAGCGAUGACUCUUCUAGGAUUAUUUUACAGUCACAUGGCACGCUAAGCAUUGAAUUAUUCGAAAGUCCCGAUCAAUGCAAGGAAGUUAAAAUGGAGGAAACUUCCGGAAGUAGAACAAAUUUCAAUGAUACAUUAAAAGAUGUUAAAUCUACCAGUAUGCCUCCGUUGGUCGAUGACAGGAUUAAUGACAAUGAAGUAGUUCCAGACAUUAGAAUAAGUGAUAGCAAAGUAUCCUUGGAAUGCAAGCAGAUGUCUUUAAUGAAUUCCGGUAGCACGAAACCUCUUCAAAACAUAGUACAGCCAUCACAUACUGCUGUUUUAGAAAUGCCGCCCAAAGGUGACAUUGGAAGGAUUCAUGAUGGAAACUUCGAUGAAGUUAACCAUUUGAGUGGAAAGUCAAUGGCUGCAGAUAUGAAAAGUAUGGACUUCUCUAUGGGUCCCCUUUCUGCACAGAAGUUUCCUCAAUCCUCUUUCAAGACAAAUGCGGUGCCCAGCGAUGUUACUGUUCCUAGUCUGCAAAACACGUCCAAAAAUUUACAUAAUGAAGAGAAGCGGAACUUCAAUAGAGGUCAGCCAUCAAUGAGUAAGGGACAGAAAAACAAUUGCACUGCCAUGCAUUUCAAGGAAAAAAGGGGAACUUCGAUCUCAACGUGUCCUGAGGAUCAAAAGGAGCGUAAGGAUCUUCCAACAUUUGAAUCGUACAUUGUGGAAGAGGAAGAAGGCUCAGGUGCUUAUGGCAUUGUUUACAAGGCAAGGAGGAAGAAUGAUGGAGCCACGGUUGCCCUUAAAUGUCCUCAUGCUAAAGCUCAUGGGCAAUAUGUUACUAACGAGCUCAAAGUGCUGGAGCGAUUUGGAGGCAAAAACUUUAUCAUUAAAUAUGAAGGCAGCUUCAAGAAUGGCAACACUGAUUGCUGUGUUCUAGAACAUAUUGAGCACGACAGGCCUGAGGUGUUAAGGAAGGAAAUUGAUGUUGUUCAACUCCGAUGGUAUGGUUACUGCAUGUUCCGGGCUCUUGCGGCUCUUCACAAGCGGGGAGUAAUACACAGAGAUGUUAAACCUGGCAAUUUCCUUUUCUCCCGUAAGCUCAACAAGGGUUAUCUGAUUGAUUUCAAUCUUGCCAAGGAUCUGCAUCAGAAGCCGGGAAAUAUCGCUUCAACCAAAUGCAGAAAGUUCCCAAAUGUCAAUUUUUUGGAAGCUGCCAAUCAACAGAUAACUAAUGCCUCCAAAUCAAUAUUAGAUCCUAAGGACAGCAGAAGAAAGGCUGUGGCGCAGUCGAAGACUAAAAAUGACCGAGGUAGUGGGCAGGUGAUGAAAAGUCAAGGUGCAGACGGCUCUGGCGUAACUUCGGCGAAGGACGUCACCAGCGCAAGAACAUCACUUGAAAAGAGACUGAGUCUGGUAAGGCCAAGGAGGAAAGAGUUGAUUAACAUCUUGCAAGAAACGCUGUUAGGUCCGAAUCAAGAAUUAUCAAACACUCCUAUGAGAAAGCGGGUUCCUGCUCCUCGUAAUAAGAUGGAGAGUGAGCAUGUCUACAUCUCUCCCAUGCCUUUGAACUCAAUUGGCAAUGAUGCCACCGGUGCUGGAUUUCUGAAGAGUAAAGGGAAUGGAAAACAGACAAGAGAAGGUUCUUGUGUGGGAACAAAAGGCUUUCGGGCUCCAGAGGUAUUGUUCAGGUCUCCACAUCAAGGUCCUAAGCUUGACAUCUGGUCUGCCGGUGUAUCCUUGCUCUAUCUCAUAAUCGGGAAAACUCCUUUCACUGGAGAUCCUGAACAGAACAUAAAAGAUAUAGCUAAACUGAGAGGCAGUGAGGAUCUAUGGGAGGUUGCUAAGCUACACAAUCGGGAAUCCUCGUUCCCUGCGGACUUGUACGAUAAACACAGUUUGCCAUUUUUGCGACUUCGAGAUUGGUGCAUAAUGAACACUAAGAGACCAGAAUUCCUGGAAGUCAUUCCCGGUUCACUGCUUGAUCUCUUGGACAAGUGCUUGAUGGUGAACCCUAGACUGAGAAUCGGUGCAGAGGAGGCUCUUCAGCAUGAGUUUUUUGCUCCAUGCCAUGAGAGCUUGAGGAAGGAAAGGCAAUGCAAGAAGGAAUUGAGUUGA